AUGGUUACUACAUCUACGGAACAGGCACAGACAAAGCAUGGUUCAGAGCAUGCUGAAACCAUCCCAACUCCCCAAGCCACUAUUGGUUUGAAAAACGUCAAAAGGGUCCAGAAAGAUGUCCCAGUAAAGCAACAACCAGUGAAGGUCCAGGACAGAAGAGAGGAAGAAGUAGAGGUCCUGCGCCUCAGUGCUGAUUCAAUAAAAACCCAGGAAGCCCCACAGAGGGUAAGAGAGAGAGCACGAUAAAGCUGACUUUGCACGUGCUAUGGAAUGAUGUAAUAACUCCCAAUUCUAAUGGAGGUUUACAAUAACACUGUGUGGUCGAAAUGGAUGUCUGGAUUCACCAAUGGGUUUCGGCAAAAUGGAGUGUAUCUAUGGAAUGUUUGUAAGAUCACAAUGCACUUGGAUGGUGUGUGAUGUAACUAACCAAUUCUGACUCAUCUGAGCUCUUAGUAAGUUUGUGUGGAAGCAUAUUGCUAUUACUGUAACUUUGUUGGGCACUGUGAUGUUGACCUUUAGAAUUGCUUGGUUUGUUCUCCAAUGUUAUUGCAGUGAUUUAAAUGUGACAUGGUGUUGUGGGAGAACAUUUCUAACGAGACCUUAGUCAAGCAAGUACUCUCAUGUGAUGCAGUUUGUUGAUGGGAUUUUAUUGGAGCAUGCCAACUGACUUGCUGUAACAACACAUUUGAAGUAUCCUUGUUCAAGUGAUGUCAACAUUUACUUCCAGGCUCUGUCUCAAACAGCCAAGGAAAUACAGUUGAAGACCAGUUAUGGAAAGAUGCAAAGCAAAUUAGAGUCUACCAUGAUAACGGAAAGUACUUUACAUGAGGAAAGGGCAAUAUUAGACUUGAGUCAAGAAACCAGCGUAUCAGGUCUGGCAUCUACUAAGCAGACAAAGAGAGCCACAGGCUACGAACCUCUGAUAGCAACCCCAUUGCAGAUCAGUGAACAAGACUAUUUCUCUACACAUAGAGCAGUGACACCUAAACUAAAGGUAUUUGACUCUGCCACUCAGGAAUUCUCAGACUGGAGUGAAUGUACACAAGAGGAAUUCGAGGAGACUCAUUCGGGUGAGUUAUUUUCGCCGAUGUCGAGCCAAUUCCUGGUGCCAUCAGAUUACGAGGCCGUGUUUUCCGGACGCCACUCUCUGAGAGUCUCUGAGUGUAGCCAGGUGUCCCCCACUGAUAUGAGUCCAGUUUCUCCAGUCUUCAGUGACCCUCUGUCAGAUAAGUGUCAGGUCACAACCACCACCUUGAUGGGUCCUGAGUUCGCUUCCAAGUCUGCUACACCUGGAUCUGCAGAAGCCUUUGAAUUCUCGCCAGACUUUAAGAGAGUGAUCUGCGAAUUUGAGAAAACACUCUCUUCAUUUGGGCCAGUUGUCCAAUCAGAUUCCGUCCAAGAAAAUUCAGACCUGGAGUUCUUUGACUGCAAAGAUGACUUCUCAGACUUCUCAGAGCCAGAGGAUCUGGAGCCAGAGGAACCGGAGGUCCUCUACCACAUCGAGGAGCCUCCGUCCCCAACCCCCUUCGGCAGCACUCCGGAAACAGGCUUCCUCAAAGGAAGCCCUGUAUGCAGCGCACAGUUCCUACGGGUGGAUGACCAUAAUCGCUUCUCUUUGGGUAGUGAAAGUCUUGGGGACUAUGGCAUUUAUGACAGACCAGAAAGUGAAAGUGAAACUGUACCCACGUGUGAGGAGCUUCCAUCCAGGUCGCAGGCAGGGUACGAUGACGAUGAAUACUCUCUGGAACGGGUAAGACAUCAAGCAUGACGACUGCACCCUGCCCUGGCUUGUGUCCCAGCUUCUCAGGCUGAUUGCAGUGUUACCACAGUCCAGAGAUGACAUCAACUGACUCAAACACAGAGACUAAUACAAGAAGCUUAUGCAUGUGUGCAUACUUACCAAACAAUACACUCUAGGUCAAACCACUUCAAAGUGGGGUUAUUGACCAACACAAUGGAAUAAUCAUGUGACAAAAGCCUGCUCAAUAUUGAAAAUACUUAAUUAUGAGAAUGCUUUUUUGCUGUGUUUGCAAAUUAUUCUUAUAUUUUCAGCUAGGUUAUCUGAUACAAUGAACAGUACAUACAAAUACAUUCUAUAAAAAAAUAUUGUGAAAUAAUUACCUUCACUGUCACUGUCAAUACUUCAUAUUCCACUUCAACAUUCCAUACAGAAGUACUUGUUUGCAUCUUUGACCACAAUUUCUUUGGAUUAUCAUUGCCAUAUCUUGCAUGGCUGGUUUUGUUGAACAUUGUUGUACAACUGUGCCUCCUCUUCAUCUUCCAUCUCCACCUCUCUCAUACUGUAUAUUUUCUAUUUACAUUUCUAUCAGGUCUACAAUAGCCUACUUUUGAAUGCCUUUUUGGCAUCCUUAUGAGAGAAAAGUAAAGAGCCAAGAAAGAUAAAAGAAGGAACACUUGCCUGUUGCUCUGUGCCUGAAGUAACUAUACAAAAUGUGUAACCAUGUUAUAAUGAUCUACUAUGGCCACAAUGGCUGUGUGCUGUCUCUCAGGAGAUAAAUGAGGAGCUAGGGUUGCUGUCGUCGGAUAGCUCAGAGGAGGAGGUGUUGACCACCAGGGUGGUCCGACGCAGAGUUAUCAUCCAGGUAUACGGCAUUAAAGAGCAUGUGGAGAAAUGGGCCCUGCCCUAGUGUGCUGUGUUGCUGGGUCUAGAUGGGAGUUGAGUUUUGUUGCUGUGCUGCACUUCACUUUUCUCAAAUUUUGAUUUGUAUUUCAUUCUGUCUCUGCUAUGUUUCCUACUGCACCCUCAUAUGCCAUAUCAUUUUGUUCUGUGACAGAUUGAUUCAAUCUUCAUGGUCUUAGAUAAUGAUUGAAAACGGUUUAUUUCCUUUUUGAGUGGGGUUUACGAUGUUUCAACCGGUUCUUCUGUGGACUUACUGUGCUUGUCUUAACUGCAGUAUGUGUUCCAGUUGUAUGACUGUGUAUCUGUUCUCUCACCAGGCGGAUGAUCUGCCAGACAUCCCUCCGCAAACAGUGACAGAGGAACAGUACAUGGAUGAGCAUGGAAACAUGGUAGUCAAGAAGGUAAAGGGACAUUUUGCAUCUACAUUCACUGUAUAACAGACACUUAACUCUAGAACAUAGCCCGAUUUACAGUAGAGCUCAACUACAUACUGUAACUACUAUAUAUCCAUGUUUGUCAAUUAUAAAGUUAUCUCCUCAGGCAAAUACUGUACAUGUGUAUUAUUUUAUAUGACCGAGUCGUGCUGCUCAGUGCUCAACCAGUGGUAACUUUUCUCUCUUUCUUGUCUCUCUCCCCCAGAUCACGCGGAAGGUGAUCCGUAAGUACUUCUCUCCAGACGGCGUAGAGAGAGAGGAGGUGACGGUGGAGGGAUCUCACCAGGAGAUGGUCAGUGUGGAGGAAGGAGACGGCUUCUCCAAGGUAGUGAAGAGGACAGUGGUCCGGAGCGAGGGAGAUCAGACCGAGGUCAGUCCGUCUGUAUGUGUGUCUGUCUGCUGUCUUUGUGUCUAUAGACUUUCUUUGGGGUCAAUAUUACAAUAUUUCUGAAAACGAUUGUGUAUUACAUGGUUUACAUAUACUGUGGAUAUUGUGAUGUCACAAGGGUGUCUGGCCUUAAAGUGGAACUGACAGGGUUUUAACUACUUUGUAGAUAUGAAACAAACAGACAAUCAUAAUAUCAGUCAGAAAUAUCUAAUGUCCAGUUCAUGCUUCAAAACCAACUUUAUAAGAGGUUUUAAAAAGAUGUUAUAUUUUGCUAAAAAUUCCAUGACGUUCAGUAAGUCAUUGUUGGCAAAAUAGACGGAUGCAGUUCAAUGCAUGAUUGAUAUAAUUCACCAAUAAAUGUAUUGGUAGUCCAAAAAAUAUUGCUAUCAGGUUGUUAAUCACAGCUGGCCUGGUACAUUGUUUGCUGCCUCCACCCAUUCGGGAUGCACUGUUUCAGUUUUAAUUACUCAAUAUGUUGACCAAAAAACUGAUGACUGUAACUAAGGUUGGGAAUGUCAAUACAAACAAACUAGCAAGGGCAAUGAUCACAAGUCAGUCAUAACGUGGCUAAUAGGCUUGCGCAUGUGUCAAACACAAAGCCCGCGGGCCGAAUAGGACACACAAGUGAGAAUAAAUGAGUCAACAGUUGAGUCAUCUACUUCAUGAAAUUACAGCCUGAUGCGCUCGCAUCGGUGAAUUCAACUUCAAUUGCGCUGCUUUCGUGUGUCCCAUUAACAGCACGCAGUGGAGGGAAAGUGUACAGACACAUGCCACAGUCCUAGCUAUGCUACUAAAAUGUUGCAGUCUGGCUUUGGUUUUUAACCUCUAUGGGAUCGGUGUCCCGUAUACGGGACGGUUGAGCUAACGUGCGCUAAUGUGAUUAGCAUGACUGUUGUAAGUAACAGCAAACUUUCCAGGACAUAGACAUGUCUUAUAUGGGCAGAAAGCUUCAAUUCUUGUUAAUCUAACUGCAGUGUCCAAUUUACAUUAGCUAUUACAAUGAAAAAUACCAUGCUAUUGUUUGAGGAGAGUGCACAACAACAAAAUACUUAUCACGACAACUAGUUUGAUACAUUCACCUCUGAAGGUAAAUAAUGUACUUACAUUCAGUAAUCUUGCUCUGAUUUGUCAUCCUAAGUGUCCCAGAGAUAAAAUGUAGCAUAGUUUUGUUAGAUAAAAUACAUUUUUAUAUUCAAAUGUAGAAACUGGGUUCUACAGUUUGUACCCCUGCUGUCUCUGGCUCCACACCCACCCCGCCCGGCCAUCUGAUGUGUGAAAGUUAGUGUAUAAGCUAAUAAUCCAUCAUGUAUGACAUUACUGGGAGUGUGUAAACGUACAUUUUCUAUUACCAUAUAAUUUUUGUAUGUUCCCUAUAGUUAUGUACUUGAAAAUGUAUCAAUCGACCAAUACUGCACAUUUGGGCAGACUUGAUACAAAAUAGUCCAGUAUUGCAAUGCUUCACUGGAUCCAUCUGAAACUUUGCACACACACUGCUGCCAUCUAGUGGCCAAAAUCUAAAUUGUGCCUAAACUGCAAUAUUAUAUUGUGGCCUUUCUCUUGCAUUUCAAAGAUGAUUAAAAAAUAUAUAUGAAAACGCAUGUUUUUUAGUUUGUAUUAUCUUUUACCAGAUCUAAUGUGUUAUAUUCUCCUACAUGAAUUUAACAUUUCCACAAACUUCAAAGAGCUUCCUUUCAAAUGGUAACAAGAAUAUGCAUAUCCUUUUCAGGUCCAGGUCCUGAAAAUUUAAAAAAAGUGUCCGAUCCUAAAGAGGUUAAAGCUUGACAAUGAAUAGCCAAAAAACUAAACCUGCAACAAAACACCAUGCAAAGGAGAAACAUGUAGUCCUAUUACAGCAACAUGGCUGCCAGAUAGAACACAACACCUCCCAUAACCCCCUGUGCUAGGUCACUUGGCCAAUUAAGCAGAUGGGUGAAUACAUCCCAUCACACACAAGCAUUUCGCUACAUCCGCAAUAACAUCUGCAAAAUAUGUGUAUGCGACCAAUAAAAUGUGAUUUGAUUUGGUUAAAUUGGCAGCACCUGGGAUAUACUGUACUGGGAACUUGCCAUAAGGAGAGCGGAAAAAAGCUCUCCAAAGCUCCAUGGACCUUAAUGUUUGAAUAAAGUAUUUUGACUCAUUUGGUGCUUAGAGUAAGUCUCAUUGCUCUGACAGAGCCUUUUGAUUUGAAUGUAUUUGUAUAUUUUUUCAUUAAAAGCCUUAUUUUGCCUUUAACCUGCUUCCUGAGCCCUACACUCUUAGAAAAAAGGUGCUACCUAGAACCUUAAAGCAGUCUUCGGCUUUCCCCAUAGGAGAACCCUUUGAAGAACCCUUUUUGGUUCCAGGUAGAACCUUUUUGGGUUUCAUGUAGAACCCUUUCCACAGAGGGUUUUACAUGGAACCCAAAAAGGUUCUACCUGGAACCAAGAAGGGUUCUUCUAUGGGGACAGCCGAAGAACCCUUUUGGAAGCCUUUUUUCUAAGAGUGUAUGUGCUGAGAUCCCUUGCCUAUUCAUGGUCCGUGUAUAGUUCGGGCUACACCACAAUAUAGAAUGUGUCUAUAAUGACUGUAUAACCUUACAGUAUAUACUGUAUAAUCAAGUAUUGUAAUCUAUUGUAUCAGUGACCUUUGAACCCUGUGUUUGACCUAUCCAGUUGACUUUCUCGGAGCCCUUGGCCCUGGGGGCCACCACAGCCUCAGACUUCGAGUCAGAGCAGGUGCAGGGCCGAAAGGUCAGCAAGGUGGUCAAGACGACGGUGGUGAGUGGCGAGAGGAUGGAGAAGCAGACGGGUGACUCAACGCUGGCUGCAGACCUCCCCUCGGCCAAAGAGGACUUUGAGAAGGUCAGUCGUCAGGGAGGGAGAGCAGUUGUGACAAUGCCAGGAGUGUCUUUUCUACCUCAGUGGCUUGAGCAGAGCAGGUUGAGCUGGGUCAAGUAUUGCAAGCAAUACUGUGCUUGGAAUAUAAAGCUGAAGGCUUCUUGACUGUAACAUGUUUGUUAGAAACAUGUCUGUUUUUAAUAUGUCUGUUAAAAAACCUUAUUGGGUGCCAGAUUGAAGAUCAACUCUAGGACCAGAGACACUGGGUUUUGGUGUUUGAAAUGUCAUUUUCCUUGUUCUGUCACAUCCAGGCGUUGAGUUAUGCUGGAGGCUUUGGAAAAAUCCAACUUCCUCAUUUAGUAGAGAAAGAGGUUGUGAAGGACGACGGUUCUGUGGUCAAAAGGUUUGAGAACAGAAUGGGAGUUCAUUAACCUACGUGUCCAUCUUUGUUUGGACACUCCUCUUAGUUUGCUGAAUGAUUUAUCUGAACGCAUGGUGUGAAUACAGCCUGGUCUCAGGUCUGGUUGUGCUAUAUGACCAACACCUAUGGUCUUUGUUAUACAUGGCAUUGGCUAUACAGCAUAAACAUAUCAGGGAGCAGGUUAGUGAAUACCUCUCCUCUAUAUCUUAACCCUAACUCUUAAACACACUUUAGAUGCUUACAUUUUGACAUGGUAAUUUGAAAGGUAAGUUAACAGGUGAAUUUUGUUUUUUUACAACCAGAUCUCUAUUUUUGAUGUAAAUGGAAUGUUAUAGAAGGGCCCAGACACGUAUUUUGCGGUUUCACUUGUUUUUGAGAAAUGUACCCAAACCAGGGAUUAAUUUCUUCAUCCUCGUUGUGCAGUACGGAGCCUCUGAAAAAACAUGAACAAAUGCUCCUAAAAACACCAAAAUACCGCAACGUUAUAUUACAUUUUGUUGCGACUCGAGCGAUACCUCUCUGUCCAUUGUACAGGUAACUGCCAAAAUAAAGGAACUUGAGUAACACUUGAGUAAAUGAGGGAUACAAAGUAUAUUGAAAGCAGGUGCUUCCACACAUGAAGUUCCAGACACUUGUAGAAUCUAUGCCAAGGCGCAUUGAAGCUGUUGUGGUGGCCCAAUGCCCUAUUAAGACACUUUAUGUUGGUGUUUACUUUAUUUUGGCAGUUACCUCUAGCAGCAGGCUACACGGAGAAUGGAACAGCUGGAUAGGGGAAAUGGCUCAAGUUCGGAAUGACACAAUUUCAUGUAAAGAACGUAUUUGGGUGUUUUUGGAGAAUUUGUUACUGUUUUUUCAGAGCCCCCGUACUGCACAACGAGGAUGAGGCAAUUAAUCGCUGGUCAGGGUAAGUUUCUCAAAAACAAGGAAGAUUGCAAAACAAGUGUCUGGACCCUUCUACAACAAGCCAUUUCCAUCAAAAAUGGAGAUUUAGUUGUAAAAAAGCGAACUUCUCCUUUAAUCAUAGGACCUUCAGCCAUAGGGCUUGUGUGACGCUUUUAGAUUACUCAUACUGUAGUUGUUCCUGAUGUUAGAGCGUGGUCUAACAUGCAUGAUGUGUUUUAGACAUGAAUGACAAAAAUUACGGUCAAUAGAGUUUUGGUCAACCUACAAACUGUGCAAGCCUGUCAAUGAAGUGCUAUCAAAACUUUGACAGGGUGAUUGAAAAUAAUUGUCUCACCAAGCCUAAUAACCUCUCCCCCAUCCCAUCUCCAGAACCCAGAUGCGUAAGUCUCGUACCCAGAAGAGGACUGUGGUGAGGGACGCCCAGGGUAAGCAUGUGCACCUGGAGCGGCUGGACGACACCCCAGAGACCCUGCAACCCGACGCCCUUCAGCAACACCUGCACCUGCUGCUCCAACGCUACUGCGCCAAGGAGGAGGAGGAAGGAGAGAAAGAGGAGGAGAAGAGAAAGAAGAAGUGA